AGAUUGUCAAGUUUGUUUUCACUUUAUUUUUUGUUUGAUUUUCACGCAAAUUACAGAAUUAUUGUUAAAAUUAUUUUUAAUUUAUGACUUCAUUUCACGAGAAAAUAUUAUGACGAUCAUGGUGCGGAGAAUAGUGGGCUGGUUUGGACUAAUUUCCAUAAUAUUGACGGGUUUGCUAGGUGUUGGAUGGUAUUUAACAAUUCUUACUUUUAUUGUUACGUUUCUGAUAGGCGUGGUUACAAUUUUGUAUCUCAAUUAUGAUAGUAAAAAAAUAUUUACUGUGGAUUUAGACAAUUUGGAUGACCCAUUGCAACAGACAAAUUUUUCGAUCCGACUACCCAAAGUUUUAGAAUUAUUUCAGUCAAAUGAUUCAUUACCUAAGUUUGAUAAUAGAAUUACAGGCAGUGAGACGGUCGACUCUUUUAUAAAUGAAAUAAUAAAUAUCAUUGUCAGUGAUUACGUCACGCCAUGGUACGAAAUAUUGACCAAUGAUGAGGAGUUCACCAAUUAUUCUAUUAAACGAUUGGUUUUGGCUACAGGAGUCAAUGUCUCUAACAGGGUAAAAAGUGUGGACUGGAUCUACCUCCUCGCAAAUAAGUUCCCAGAGGAGCUGACGAUGCAUCUCAAGCUGUUCAAACAGUCCAAAGUUAGGCUCAAACACAUACAGCUGUUGAGUGCUAAAGAAGCCAAAGAUAUGACUAACGGUAGUUCUAAACCAAGUCCCAAAAAGCAAGAGGACAAGAAAAUGCAUAGGAGGAAUAAGAGUGAAACGGACUUGUCGUGGCCUCCUGAUUCACAAACAUUUGGAAAAUCAAAAUUUUACGGUAGUAACGAAAGUUUAAAUGGUAAAACGCUGACAGAUCUUUUUUUCGAUCUGGAAUGCUCUAUAGAGAACAGGCAAAUCUGUAGAGAUACGUAUUGUAUUGACACAGAACGCGAAUAUGCGUUGCUCUGCGAAGUGUCAGAGGCCAUCCUCUACUUGGUGGCCCCUGAAGAAGCGUGGAAAUGUCACGCUCUAAAGAUAAUAUUAAUCGAGCUGCUGUCCGCUGUGGUAUUGAGGCCACUGAUCAAUCUGCUGAGUGACCCGGACAAUAUAAACAGGACCAUUAUACGAACUUGCUGUCGGGACUCCAGUCUGCCUUCCGAGGUAUUCCUACUAGUUAUAAGAUGCUGCGGGGACGCCGAAGAGUUGGACGCCACAUUGGAGUUAGUCCAGAAGGAUAUACAGAAACUACAUUCAAGAGACAGUGUAGGCGAAUGGGAGUUUCAAGACCGCCAAAAGCUAUCGUCAUUACAGUACCUCACAAGAAUCAUACAAGCCAGACGAGCAACUUUGGGACCACAGGAAGGUGCCACAAGUACUGGAAGCACAGAAAAAGUGUCGGAAGAAGUUUCAAGAACACUGAAGUUUUUGAGAGCGACUACAGCGUGGAGAUCAAAUGCGCAAUACUUACUUGAAAUAGAACUGAACGAAGCUGACGCAACUCACACAUCAAAAGCGGUCAUAGACAACCUCAGGUCGUCGGCUCUUGAACUCUGUGAUCUAUACCUGUCUCCAAACCGACCACCAGUCAUAGGAAUACCUGAGAACUGUUAUUCGGAACUGGUGAGGAAGAUCAACACCGACGGAGAAGAAUUCACAAAUAGCCCAGUGUUGUGUUUUGAUGACGUGCAAAAAUGUGUCUGCGAUGCUUUGGAGGAUGAUCCAUCUUGGCAAGCUGAUUUUAUGAUGGACGCUGAUGAAAACCAAGAAAAGAUGAGCUAUGAGACUAAAAAAGAAGAGAAAAAUGAUAAAAAAUAUACUGGUGAAAUGUUGCCCGUACCUGGAUCGAGGCAUAACCGAUCACGGUCAGACAUUGUGGGUAGUUUUGCGCAGAAGAUGAUCAAUGAAAGUGCAGGCCCAUCUAACCUGGCGUCGGCUAACGCGAGCAAUCUUUCGUUGUCACAUUCCGAAAUCAGUCAAAAUGCUAAAAAUCUGAUGUCUCCAUUAUCAGCGUGUAUCAUUGAAACUGCUCUCGUCCAAGAUAAAGGUCGUGCAUUUGGGAUAUACGCUAUAGCAGUGACUAGAUUGUCUGACAACGAGCUCUGGCAUAUCUACAGGAGAUACAGCGACUUCCACGAUUUGCAUUCGUCGAUCAAAGACAAGUGGCCAGAACUCGGCAACCUUCCGUUCCCAGGCAAGAAAACGUUCCAGAACACUUCCCGAUCAGUCCUGGAGAGUCGCAAGCGAAUGCUCAACAACUACUUGCAAACGCUCGCGAACCUUGCUCGCGAGACGCGGUAUAUGGCGCUGCUGUCGCAAGACUACUUGGGCGGUUUCUUGAGUCAGGAGAUACAGACUGAGAAACAUAUUAAUGCGCUCGAUGUACUGUUUGUGAACCCAUUAAAAGCUGGAAUGAGGACGCUGAAAAACAUGCCCGAUCAGUUUGCGAACACUGUUGAUGGAGUUAUGGACGGUAUAUCAAAAGUGUUUCAAGGCAAGAGUGAGAAUUCCUACGAUGGUUUGAGAAGCGGCAACUCUUCGGAUGGCCAAGAUGAUGGCGAUGAAAGUAUGGCCCUGAAGUUACUUGAAGAAGUGCUCGGCAUCAGAGGCCUAUGGCUUCGACGUCGGUUACUCGCGCCCUUACGGACGCUUAUAGCGGACAGAGUCAAUAAAAAAGUGUUCGAGCUCGUAACGGAUGUCACGUCCCCAAGAAAUGUAGUCCAGUAUUUAAAGUCAUUCAAGCAAUGGUUGACCUUUCGGCACAAUGCAAGUUAUAGUAAUCGUGAUACAGCCACGAAGGCUAGAACGAGAGUUGCCGCGAAAGUGGCUUUGCUUGCCGCUUGUUCAGACGACCUACGUCACAUAGUGGGUUCGGACACGGCGCGGCGCGGCCUGCUAACGGUGUUCGAUCUGUUCCAAAACCAAGAGAUCAACAGGCGACUUAUAUUCGUUUUACUUGAAGCUAUACUGACCAAUUUGUUCCCCGACAACAACGUCCAGGAUCUAUUCAAGCGUCUGUACUCCAACUCGCCGAGAGUCCCUGUGCCUAAGAAAUCAGUAAAUAUAUGAGAAUUAUACACACAAUAGUUAUAAUUAGUGAUCUAGGUAGGUAGAGCUGUUUUUGGUAUAGUCACGAACCUAAAAUGAUUACUUAAUCUGAGGAAAUAAGGUUUAAAUUGCAAUGGAAAUGUUAUGAAUUUUUGCACGUGACUUGUCGUCCCUUACAUGACUAACUCUCUUGUCUCUCUUAUCUCAGUUUUGCCACUUUCUCAAAACCACGGGUUUUCAGUUAGGUCAUUUCAAAUUUAGUUUCUGUUUAUACUUUAUUACGGACCUCGUAUGUUGAGAACCAAUGUACAUACAGAUACGUACUCAAAUCGCCAAAAGACUGAGAUAGGAUAGUUAGUCAUGCGAGGGACGUUGUAAUACAUUGUAAUAAUAUGGACAUGCCUACUUGUAAAAAAAAAGCAGCUAUAUUGAAUAAUGUGUUUUCAAAAUGGUUCCUGAGGCAAAUUGAUAUAAAUUGGUGUGGGCUAUUCAAUGGUAUUUAUUUACUAAUUAUUACAAGUCCAGGAUCUGUCAAUAUGCCUAUUGCGGGAUUGCAGUCAGAAUGUCUAUGAUAUGUUUGCGAACAAACCAAAAUAGCUCUACCUACUCUGGUAAUAAUACACCAAUUCCGUUGCCUUUUACAUAGUGAUACUAAUUCCACCAUAAAACUUAUUGCAGCAUACAAGUAGGUAGGUUACUACUAAAAUAUUGUAUAAGAAACGUCCCUUAAUGUUGUUCUAACAUAUUUUGUAAUGCUAAUGUUUAAUGCAGAGCUAUAUUAAAAUAAAGCAAUAUUAAUAAAUAAUAUAUUGGGUUAACUUGGGUUAUAUUGCAGAAGCUAGUAUCAAUAUUGUUACGGUUGUAGCAGUUUUAAUAUUCAUACAGUGGUUUGUAAUUUUUUUUGUGGGUAAAUGGUCAUUGGUUGUCAAAUCAAGUAAAAAGUCAAGCAAAUAAGGUCCCAAUUGCAUGGACAUAAGGAUCACAGCUCUUAGGAACUGCGCACAUGACCAGGACGCACGGCAAGGGAUUUUUGGGCGAUGAAUAAUAAUGUACUUUAUAAUUUUAACGCUACGGUUGAAAUUGCAAUGUCAAUGAUUUUAGGAUGCUACGGCAUACUGACUUAGGAAUACCGGAGAGGCUAAUGUGGGCUACAUUAGUAGUCCCUUACAAUUAUUAAAGUCGUGUCGAUUAUGUGCACAGAAAUGAAUGUGCCAAGCCCGUUCGUACACCGUAUGACAAUGAUACACGGUUCUUAUUAGCUUGCCAAUUUUUUCCCUCGGGUACAGUCGUAGAAAAAAUUGUAAACCACUGUAUGAAUUGUUAAACUGUGAUUGUAGUAUAAGUUUUGUGCCAAUGAGUCUAAAUUUUGAUAACAUUCCAACUUGAUUGGCCAAAAUCGUGAUAAAAGCAGUACCUAAAUAAUUAGGUACAAUUUCACUAGCAAAUUUUACUGUUUAUAUAGAAAAGAAUAGAUUUUUUACAAGAUAAUUUUAAUGCAAGUUAAAUUUAACUACCUGAUGCUUUACAAUCGGGGGAAUAUAGCUAGAAUUUAGCUAUACAUACUUAAUUUGGGUAACAGUAAAUAAACACUAUUUACAUUAUUUAUUAAAAUAAUAUGUAUAUUAUUGCUUUUAGUACGAUCUCUUUGAAAACGGAUGAAAUUAUUUUUGCCAUCCAUCAAUUUUACAAGUUUAAAAAUUCUGUUUUAUGUAUUUCUACAAUGCCGAUACGUAGUGAAGAUACUAUUAUUACGAUUUUGUUUGUCAAAUUGUUAAUCUGAUAAAGAUUACUAUAUUUUUAUUUUGAUAUUAUUUCGCAAAAUACGUCGCUUGCCUGACUGACGUAACUGACAUUUUGCAAAAUUUUCAGGUGAUUACACAGAUCGAUUCGUCUUUCGAAAUUGAUUAAUAUGGUGUAGAUAACUCAGUUUCGAAAAAAAAUGUCAGAUACGUCAGUUAGAGAGGCAAGCGACGAAUAUAGAUCGUUUCAUCCAUGAAGACGCGCCCCAUCACUUUUUGGUCGAGAGAAGCGCGGGGUGCGGGGAGUUUGAUCCGAGCAAUCAGAGCGUCCUAAUUGUAGUGUGCGUGUACAACAAUAAUGACGCAUCCAAUAGUGCACACGCACACUACAGUAAUGACGCUCGGAUUGCUUGGAUAAAACUCCCCGCACCUCGCGCUUCCCUCGACCAAAAAGUGGUGGGGCGCGUCUUCGUGGAUGAAACGAUCUAUAGUCUCGUAAAACUAGUUCAAAUAACGUACCGAUGUUUGUUCUCGUCUGUUGUGCCUUUAGAUUAAAGCUUAAAGUAAAAUAAUAUACGAAUAAUAUAAUAAAUUGUCAUUAAAAGUCAGCAAAGUUUUAUAUUUAUACGCAUUACAUACUGUAGCAAAUUAUACAAUAGCAUUUAUUAGAAUUUUCAUAUAUCUACAUAAACAAAUAGUGAUUAUUAUACAGCUUUAUGAAAUGUCUAAUCAACGAACUAGUAUAGAAAAGCAACACGUUACGUAUUUCAAGAAAUAUAUGAGCAAUGGUUUUCUAUAUUAUUGGUACUCAGUAUUAAAUUAAUCUUAGUAGUAUAAUUACAGUUUUGGUGGAUUUUAAAGUGGAUUUUCAGGUUUGUAUAAUGAAUAAAUAGAUAUUGGAAUCGUAUAGUGAUAGGGCCAAAAAUAAACUAUUUUUAACUGUAAAUUGUUCGUAUAGUUGACAUAAAUAGUUGCUUUAGUUCUAACAUAAACAGUUAGUUUGUUGCAAAAUCAUUCUUAAUACAACUACUUAAAAUUGCCAGUAUUUAGUUCGUAUUGUGUUUUCCAGUAUGGGUAUCUGUAUAACGUAUUAUUAUUUUAAAACGAUUUUCUAGUUUUUUCAGAUGUCUUAUAUUUCUAGUUGAAAUGAGGCGUCUUUCGGUAUUAUAGAAGAUCUUAAUAAAUUUUCUAAAUCGCAACAAAUACUGUGGUGUUAGAACUUAAGCAACUAUAAAAGUAUGGAAUACACGAAAUGUAGGUAUUUUUUGUACAACUCUGCCAACUCGGUUUCAGAUAUUUGUAUGUGCCUCAAUGAUAAACUUAUUCCAUAUUGAUCUGUUCAGAAUGAAGAUUAUUAUAUUGUAGUUUUUAGUAAAAAGAUUUGUGAAGCAAAAGCAAUAUUAAACUUACAGAGAUAUAAUACUUGCGUAACGUCUUUUACAUAUCAAUUUCAAUGGCUUGGUAUUUAUUGUAGUUAGCUAAUAAAUAUUUAAUAUUCCAGUUACGGAUACGGUUUAGGAAAAUUACUAUUUAUUGUAAAAUAAGCGAGUUCGUAUUUAUUUGUUUAGUUUUAAAUAAAUUAUUUGAAUAAAUAA